AUUUCCUUCCGGUUUUUGCCUCACCCUAAGAAGAAUUCACCAGUCAGAACUGCUUUUCUUUUUCCUACUCAACCAAUAGGAAGAGAGAAUGUGAUGACGGCGUCCGUGGGUAAAGCAUUAAGGAAGCGACCUCGAGCAGUUUAACUAAAGUUUUUAUUCAUAGGAUGGCAGACAAGGUUUUGGAUCGAGGACCCUGGACAGGAUGCGCCGUUCUGUUUCUGCAGUCGCUCUGUCCGGACGUGAAUCUGCUCACCCUCUACAAAGACCAGCAGGGAAAGCGCGUCAUUUUUAAAGUCAUCAAACUGACACUUGUAGAUUCCGCCGGAGGUCUAGGAGGUUGCGAGAUGCUCAAGUUUCACGAUGCCGAUCCCUUCCUCGGCGUGGAGGUGAAGUUUGUGGAUCUCGGGGCAUGUCAGCAGUUCCUGGAGAGCUACAGCUCCGGAGCGGUGGGUCAGUCCAUCUCUCAACACGCCUCUCGGAUCCUCGCGCCGGCGCAAGAGUUCACCGUGAAGACGCAGCUCAAGGCCGGAACGCACGUCUUGGAUCGAUGUCUGGACAAGCUGGAGCUUUGUCUACAGCAAAUUCACCUGUCGCAGCCUGAGCGCCUGCGCGAUGAAGAGAUCGAUCAGCUUGAGGAGGAGCUGCAGCGUGAGGUCCUCGGGCCUCCUGUCCAGCGGAUCCCCAGCAACUGCUUCAGGUUUCAGAACAAAGUCUUUGAAGAUCGAAUGCUGACUGCAGCAGACGUUCAGAACUUCGCCAACGGAGUGGGUCGUCAGUGGAAGCACGUGGGGAGGACCCUGGGGAGGGAGUGCCGCGCCCUGAAGGAUACGGCCAUCGACAACCUGGCCUACGAGUACGCCAGGGAGGGCCUGUACGAGCAGGCCUAUCAGCUCCUGAGCCGCUUCGUGCAGGCGGAGGGGAGGGCGGCCAAGCUGAGCCGGCUGGUCAAAGCGCUGGAGGACUGCAAACUCACCAGCCUGGCCGAAUCCAUCCUGGACAUACAGCCGCAAGACUAACGUUUUUGUGGCGUACGAACACAGAGGCGGUCAUGGGGUCGGGGGGUGGGGCGGGGGCACGCCUUGCCCCCUGUGGACUUUGUCCUUCCUGCUUUUACGUCCAGGUUGUCUGUUCUUUGUUGCAUUUGUUGGAAAUGAUUCCCGUGAGCACGUACGUGUCUAUUUCACAGCUUUUAUAUUCAGGGGUGUAGUUAGGAUGGGCCGGAUCAGUAAAAUCAUAGCUGAAUUAUUUGAAGUAACAAUAAGAUGUUUUUUUUUUCACCUUUCUUCGUACUUGAGUAAAAUUGUGAAUUAAACUUUUACAAAUCAAAA